AUGGGGGUGGCCGACGAUUUUGCCCCAAGCUUCACGCAGAAGCCGCAGCUGAGGCAGGAGGAUGACGGGAACAAGCUGGUCUUCGAGUGCCAGCUCUUCGCAGGUCCCAAGCCUGAAAUCAGCUGGUAUCGCAGUGAUGAGCUGCUGAAAGAGGAUAAUAGGACACAGUUUAAAAUCCAGAGUGUGGCAAACAACAAGUACCUGGUGGUACUGGAACUGGAUGAUGUGGUGGAAACAGACGCUGGACUUUACAAGGUUAAAGCUAAGAAUAAGAUGGGCGAGGUGGCCGCUUCCAUCAAUCUUAACUUUAGCCCUGCAGACGAAGAAAAACAGAAACAAGUAGACGGUAAGGCGCCAACGUUCGCGCGCAAGCCAGCAAUCCGACAAGAAGACGACGGCAAGCGAUUGAUCUUCGAGUGCCGCAUUGAAGCUGAGCCAGUGCCCAGUGUCAGCUGGUCUCAUAACGGGACCGGAGUCUCUCCCGGUGCUAGACACAAGUUAACGGUUAACAAGGACGGGAAAUCUUAUUACGCGUCGCUUGAAAUCAACAAUGUGACUGUUGAAGACGCGGGAAAAUACAGAGUGACCGCUAAGAACGAACUAGGAGAGAGUAACGCUACAAUAAGUUUAAACUUUGACAGCGAUGAAGCGCCCGUGCCUGAAGAUUAUAUUAAACCUACUUUUACGGAGAGACCAGUUAUCAGACAAUCGGAAGAUGGUACCAAAAUAACGUUUGAAUGUCGAUGUGUUGGCAAACCGAAACCAACCAUUACAUGGUAUCACGGCAAAAAGCUAGUUAAGGAAAGUAGUCGAUACAAAAUAUCGCUCGAAGAGGAUCAAACGCUGUAUCACAUUGCGCGACUUGAAAUAAUAAACGUAGAGAAUGCAGAUAAAGGUGAAUAUAGGGCUGUUGCUAAAAACAAGCACGGUGAAGGCGUAGCAAAGAUCAAUUUGAAUUUCCAAAGCGGGGACAAACCUAAAAUUCCCGACGGUAAAGCACCCAGAUUUCCCAAGAAGCCUACUAUUAGACAAGAGGGUGAUAUCCUCAUUAUGGAAUGCAUACUAGAAGCUCAUCCAUUACCAGAUAUAACAUGGUUUCAUGGAGAUAAAGAAAUAAAGGACGGUGUUAAAAUGAAAAUGUCUAGGAAAGCUAUUGGAAAAGACACGUACAAUUUAACGUUAGAAAUAUUAAGCCCCACUGCAGAAGAUGGUGGAAAUUAUAGAUGUAACGCCUUUAACUUGUUUGGCGAGAGUAAUGCUAACAUUGCUCUCAAUUUCCAAGGUGGGGAUGACGAAAACGGUUUCGCACCUUCGUUUAUUGAGAAACCGAGAAUUGUUCCCAACGAAGAUGGCACGCUCAUCACAAUGCGUUGUGUUUGCAAGGCUAAGCCGGCGGCUGAAGUCACGUGGUACCGGGGAUCAACCGUCAUUAAAGCUAGUAGUAAAAUUCAAAUCAAAUCAUCAGUCAUUAGCGAAGAUGUUUACGAAUUAGUGUUGCUUUUAUCAAACCCGACUGCAGCGGAUGGUGGCGCUUACCGCUGUCAUGUCGUAAAUGAGUUCGGAGAAAGUAACGCUAAUCUGAACUUAAAUAUUGAAGCAGAACCAGAACCUGAGGGUGAAGGUCCGACAUUUGUUGAAAAACCAACUAUUCAAUCAAAGGACAAUGGAAAAUUAGUAGUUAUGGGUUGCAAAGUUAAAGCUAGCCCAAAACCAACGAUCGUCUGGUACCACGAGGGUAAAGAAAUACGGGACUCAUCAAAAAUUAAAACCAGGAUCGAAGUGAAAGAAGAUAUUUAUACCAUAAUAUUAGAACUUAUCGAUCCUGGAAUUGAAGACUCCGGAUUGUAUAAAUGCAAUAUUAAAAAUGAACUUGGGGAGCUCAACGCGAAUUUAACGCUCAAUAUUGAAAUCAUUCCAGUUAUUAAAGAGAAACCAAAGAUCAUUAAAAUAGUUAAGAAGAAGACUGUGAUUGUUGAAUGUAAAGUAUUAAGUAAAUUUGCUCCUGCGUGUACGUGGUAUAAAGAAGCUAGUGCUGUUAAAGAAAGUUCGAGACAUACAGUUUUGAUAGAACCAUCCAGAGAGGGUGAAUUUACAGUUAAGUUAGAAAUUUCGAAUGUUAGCCAACAAGACAAAGGUUCUUACAAAUUAGUUGCUAAAAACGAAAAAGGUGAAGCCACUUCACAAGUCGUGGAGAUCACCGAGAUACCUGAAGAAAAGGGUGAAAAACCAUAUAUCAUUAAACAUUUUAGAAGCUUGGCUAAAAAAGAAAACGAAGAAGCUGAAUUUGUUGCUGUUUUGAAAACAUCUGAUCAAUCAUGUAGAUGUACAUGGUACAAAAAUUCAACAGUUAUAAGAGAUUCUUCAGAAGUUAAUACAUCAUUUGAUGGUACAAACGCUCGCCUUAUUAUAAGAAAGGUGACAUCAAAAUAUGUCGCAAAUUACAGAGUUGUAAUAAGAAAUGAAUUUGGAGAGGAUGAGUCUAGUGCAGAUUUAACACUUGUUGAGGAAAAGAAAAAGAAAAAGGAGGAAGAAGAAGAAGAAACUACGGUGAUUGAGGAAUCUGAAGAAGAAAUGUCAAUCGUAGAAGAAAAAUCAAUCAUCGAAGAAAAUCAUGUUGAAGAAAGAAAAGAACAGAAAAAACAAGCGGAGGAGGAAGAAACUACUAUCAUCGAACAGAAAAAGGCAGCUGCUAAAAAGGUUACAAAGAAGCAAGAAAUUAAAACUGAAACUCAAAAUGAAGAAGUCUCAGUUGAGGCAAAGAAGUCUGAAACAAAAUCUGAGGCUAAAAAAGUUGAGACUAAAGUUCAAGAAACUAAAAAAGCUGAAGUAGAACAAGAAGAGAUCAAGAAAGUUCUAGAGAAGAAGACUGCAAAGUCAGAGGAAGAGAAAAAGGCACUCUUAGAAAAGAUUGAAAGUAAGAAAAAGCCAGAGCCUGAACCAGAAAAGAAAAUUGAAGGAAUUCCCAAGCUCAAACCAGUUAAGCCAAAAGAAGAACCAAAGGAAGAGACAGAAAAAACUACAAAGAAAACUGAAGAAAAGAAGAAAGUUAUUAAAAAGAAGGUUAUUAAGAAGAAAGAAGAAGAUGAAUUCAACUUUGAUGACGAUUAUGAGCGCCCUGUUCUGGAGAAGUACGAAAGAAUCACACCUACACCACUUCAAAAAACACCUAAGGUUGAUGAAACACCAAAGACCAAGCGUGCUUCAAUUUCUGAAAGUACUAAGAAGCGACAAGAAGAACCAGAAGAGAUACCUAAAGAUACUCCUACUGCAGACAAAGACCAUAAAAUUGAUACAAAUGACGAGGUUGUUGAGGAAACACGAAGAACAAGUAUUAAAAAAGGUAUUCGGAAACCUGAAGAACCUAUUGAUGAAAUAUCACAGGUUAAAUUAUCAAAAACUCCUACAAAACCAACUGAAAUGCAGACCGAAGAACCCCAAACUGCUCAAUCUAAAAAGGCUGUUAAAAAGCCUGAAGAACAGAAAGAGUAUGUCGAUGAUUACGAAAGACCAGACCUCGAAAAAUACGAUAAGGUCUCUCCAUCGUCUCUUGAUAAAACAAAGAAAGAAAAUGGCGUUUCUGAGGAACCAUCAAAGUAUGUAGACGAUUAUAAAAAACCUGAGCUUGAAAAAUACGAUAAAGUUACACCUACACCUAAAGAUAUACGUCGUCCAAGUGAUACUCAGGAUGAGACAGAUAUGAUGACUGGUAAAAUUAAACCUAAACCAAAAGAUGGUGAAACAGAAAUGCCUGCACUCCGAAAACGAACUAUCGUUAAAGAUAAGGAGGAGGAGAAAAAGUCUGAUGAGAAAUCAAAGCCCAAAACUACCAAGAAAGAUGACACUAAACCAAAGAAACGUCCAUCUCUUAAACAGAAAGAGGUUGAUGAAGAAGAAUUUAUUGAUGAUUAUGAGAGGCCAGUUCUUGAGAAAUACGAAAGAAUUACUCCGACUCCUAUAGAGAAAAAGAAGAAGGAGGAAAAACUUCCAAAAGAAAUCACCUCUACUUCAUCCGUACAACGUCAGUCAAUAAAAGAUAAUGAUAAAUCUGAGCCUAUGGAAAUUGACGAGAAUGAAGACACAGAAUACAAACCUAAACCAAAGAAAGAUGAAGACACGACAACAAAAACAGGAACAUACCAAAAUGCACAAAAUGAACCAAUGGAAGAAGACGAUUUUGUAGAAACAAAAGCACGAUCAGUAGGGCCAAAGAAGGAAGAAACGCAAAAGUAUCCUUCUUUCAAAGAAAAAGAGGACAUUCCAAAACACACUGACGACCGAAACCAAACAAAACCCGAAAAAGAUAGCAAAUAUGUAACUUCACCUACAGAUACUGAUAGCCCAAUUGUUAAGGAUGAUGACGCGCUGGUUAUUGAUAAAUCAAAACGUAAAGAUAGCGUCACUAAAACUAAACCGGAAGAAUCAGAUGAACCAGAAGAAGUUAAAAAACCACUUCUCCCUAAACAAUCUAUUAAAACAAAGGAUGAUGAGAAGACGACGGAUGAUAAAGAAAAUAUUACACCGAUUAAAAAAGUUAAAACUAUUUCAAAAAAGCGUCCUUCUUUAAAAACAAAAGAGGUUGAGGAAGAAGAAUUUGUCGAUGAUUAUGAGAGACCUGUCCUCGAAAAAUACGAAAAAUUCACGCCAACACCAAUUGAAAAAAAGAAAAAGGAAGAAAAGACACCUGAGGAUGUUCCUUCUUCAACUGUUCAGAGACGCCGUUCGGUCAAAGGCAAAGAUAAACCAGAGCCGAUGGAGGUUGAUGAAAAUGUCAAUUUGUCUGCACCGAAAAAGCCAGGAAAGCCUGAACCGGAAGACGUUACACUUACACACAAAACACCCGCUGAUACUACACCCACGGUGGAUGAAGCCGAAGCAAAACUAAAGGUUAAAAAACCUGAAGUUGUUGAAGACGCAACCAUCAAACGGCCUUCGGAUAAACCUAAAAAGAUGUUUACCAACCCUAUUAAAUCAAAGUCAGAACUGCCAAUAGAACGAAGAUACUCAUAUAUUAUAAAGGGAGAGGACACCGAAGAGUCAGUCAGCCUCACCAAACCCAAAACUAAGACAAGCACAACUGCUCCUGAAGAUGCAACACUGACACAAAAAACUCCAUCAAAGAAAAAGCAGACGGAGGGUUCUGAAGCUGCUAAGCUCAAAAUUAAAAAGCCAGCUGUCGUUAAGAAAGAUAAUGAAGAUGAUGUUGGGGAACCACUCACGAUACAAGGUGGUAAAUUCCAAGUGCCACAACUUAAGAAAACAACAAAGAAAACACAAGACAAGCCCAAAAAUGCCACUGCUACGGACAAUGAAAACGCGGAUGGGUACCAACUGGACUUCGUUGACGACUACGAAAGACCAGUAUUGGAGAAAUAUGAAAAGAUGACGCCAACUCCAACAGUUCGUGAGAAGAAAGAAAAAGAAGUUACACAGGUCGCACAUGCAGAACAGCAUUUAGCUGUGAAGACUGACAGCAGGCGUACAUCAGUCGCGUCCGUUCAAAGUGAAGUCGAAAUGAAAUCCGAGAGCCGCAGGAGUUCGAUAAUCGAGAACAAAGCAAUAAAGAUGACGAAGGAAUCUGCUGAAAGCAGAAAAUCUUCCAUUUCUUCGAUAUCGGAACAACAACAAGUCUCUACUUUCAGAAAGGGAUCACUUAAGACUGCAGUUAAACAAGAGGCUCAAGUGAAUGAAUUAGAGAAAAUUAAGUUAAAGGAUGACAACAUUGGAGAUAUUAAUGAUACACCAGACUCACCUCAAUGGCGACCUACGCACACAGACACACAGGUGACAGACAAGUCUCAGCCAAAACGUAGUUUUAGCUUAGAUCAAACAAAACCCAAAGAUGAAGUUAACGGUAGACGAAGACACAGCAAGGUGGAGGCUACUGAAGAUGUAACCGAAACAAAUGAGACAAAUAUCAAACGAAAAACAUCACUAGAUAAACCUAUUGAUUCCACAUACCCGUGGCGUCGAUCUAGUAAGGUUGAGGAAAAAGAUGAUUCGGACGAAGAGUUCUUUAAGAAGAGAGACAUUCGCCGGAAAACAUCUAUUGAUCGACCUACUCACCCUAGUUUUCCGUGGAAGCCCUCUACAGAUGAGGAAACCUUGACCAAUGAAACGCUUGGAUCAGAUAAACCAACAUCAGUGUUGAAUAAAGAUAAUGAUUUGGCUCACACUACAAAGAUACCUACAUCAGACACAUCUGAAUCUAAAAAAAUACCUUCACAACUACACACAGAGGACUCAACGAAAGAUAACUUAGCAAAACUAGAACCCGUCAUAAAUAAAGCCGAUCAAUUAAAACAGAACAACAACAAUAUUACACUAUUACAUAAUCGCUUAGAUGAUAAAACAGAUCAAGACGAAAUAUAUCCUUGGCGUCGUCCAAGUAAAACUAGUGAGGAGCCCUUGAAGGUACAAGAAGAAAAAGUAAAUAAUGAUUUAGCGAAGCCAAAGGUACCAGAAAACGUUACACAAACUGACGCAACAGAUAUUUCACAAAAUACACUAUAUCCUUGGAGAAAACAAAAAGAGAUUCCAGUUCUAAUAACCCCAGAACCGGAUAAAAAACAAAGCGAGGUGCCAUUCUCGUGGCAAGUUAUCCCUGAAAUUCCGCAGGCUGAACAAACACCAGAACUAGAGGAUAAUUACAAACCAACUUUACGUGAACAAGAUAUCGCACCCUGGAGAAGAUCACGAUCUCCUCAGAAAGUGGCUCAGAAAGAAGUAGCGGUAGAAGAAGAGGCUAAGAAAGCAAAGGUCACUUCUGUGAAGAAAAAGGCUGAGGACCUGCCUGAAAUUGCUGACUAUGAUAGACCUGAUCUAGAGAAAUAUGAGAAGAUUUCGCCCACCCCGACUACCAGGGAAAAACCAGAAAAAGAGCCGGCUGAGAAGCCUAAAGUGCCCGAAAUCAAGGCACCUGAAGAACCACCAGCGGCACCUAAGAUUGAAGUUAUUAAAGAGAAGUCACCAAAACCAGAAAUGCCUCGUAAACCAUCGCUAUCACCAGCUCCUCCAGCAAGACGUGGGUCUCUCAUUCCUCCGCCGGAGGAAAUGGGUAGACGCCCUUCACUCUUAAUCAGCGAUGAGGAGAAUAGAAAACUAAGACCUGGUGAAGUGAUCGAAGAGAAGAAGGUCACGAAAUUACGGCCAGGCGAAGUUUUAGACGAGAAAAAGAUAGAAAUACCUGUGGAUGGCGCGUGGGCCGACCGCCUGCUAUCUGAGCUGCAACAAUACUGGUAUCUGAAGAACUUUUGGCAUUGA